AUGAAGACUACCAUGAAGGUCAGAGCUCAUCUAUCCAGCGAGUUCAUCACCAUCUUCCUCUUUCUGGCUGUGGCAGUCUUAAUCUUGGUGCUAUACAACAUGGACGUUCUGGAGUUUCAACAGGAAGUGAAGGUUACCAUCCCUGUCCCAAGAGAUUCCACAGACUCUGACAUGCAUCAAGGCUUCUGCACCCUCCAGCCACUGUCUCCAGAGGAUGCUGUGGAGGAAAUCCUCCUUCUAGAAACCAUUGCUUGGCCUGAACCUCCACUUUUGCCAGCUCCUCUUUCCCUGAAUCAGACCAGUGAUCCAGCUCACAGCUCCUUCACCAUUCUCCCAAGGAGGGGAGGAGGACAGUGGCAUGUAGGGGAUCAGCUGGAGGUUCUGGUCAAAAUGUCUGACUUCCAGGACCGUCCCAAGAAGUUUGGGGGGGACUUCUUACUCGCCCAGCUGCGCAAUCAGGAGCUUGGGGCAGGUGUGGCUGGGCAGGUGGUGGAUCAUCUCAAUGGCAGCUACUCAUUGAUAAUGGGAAUUGAUGACACUCUCUUGAUCUUCACUGAUCUCAUCCAUAUCCCCAAGCUCAACAGGCACAACAGGCACAUCUACAGGCAUAUCCUCAGGCUCAAAUUCAGCUUCCAGGAGUGCAAACAGUUGAUCCAAGGUCUGGUGAUGCUGGUCCACCCCAGUGAGGCUAUCCCAGUGGUAAACAGGCUGAACAAUGAACAGCCUGACAGGAUUAUCUUCAAGAGUGUCUUCCGCUCAGGCAGACUCUCUGAAACUACCAUCUGUAACGUCUGCCUACGUCCAACACAGCAGCCGCUGUGCAACUACACUGACCCCCGUACAGGCGAACCUUGGUUCUGUUACAAGCCAAAGAAACUGAGCUGUGGUGCCAGGGUCAGCCACAUAAGGGGAGACAUAAAAAACAAUCUUGAAAACAAGCUUUUAAAAAGUGGUGUCAACAUGAAAGUCUACAUUCCUGCUUCAGGACCUGCCAGUGUCCUUGUGUUGCCAAAAAAUGAAGGUCAACCAGAGGAGAAGAGCAGCAUUGUGACAUCUGGACCCUCUGGUUAUUACUACCAGGGUGCGUGGCGAGCACUAGAUGGCACCACAGUUCACCAAUUCAACACUGCCUCUACCAUCACUCAGUGUCUAAAAGGCAAAGUGGUCCUCAUGUAUGGAGACUCCACCAUCAGGCAGUGGUUUACACACUUCAUUGCAGCACUACCAGGUCUUAAGGGGUUUGAUCUGCACACCCAGAAGCAAGCUGGGCCUUUAAUGGCCUUAGACUAUGCAAACAACAUCUUGAUGAUGUUUCGCUGUCAUGGUCCUCCUAUCCGCUUUGGCCCAGUCCCAACCACUGAACUUCGUUAUAUUGCCAAUGAACUGGAUGAUGUAACUGGAGGCAUCAACACUGUUGUUGUUCUUGGCCUCUGGGCUCACUUCAGCACUUUCCCCGUGGAGAUCUACAUCCGGCGACUUCAGAACAUCCGCAGGGCGGUAGUGCGGCUGCUGGACAGGUCUCCAGGUACGCUGGUCGUCAUCCGGACGGCGAACCCCAAAAAACUUUAUGAAACAGUAACCAUCAGUGACUGGUGCACAUUGCAGCGUGAUAAGGUGCUGAGAGCUAUGUUCAAAGGGCUGAAUGUUCAUCUGAUCAAUGCCUGGGAGAUGGCCCUAGCUCACAACCUCCCUCAUGACCUCCACCCACAACCUCCUAUUAUUAAGAAUAUGAUUGACAUUCUCUUGUCCUACAUAUGCCCUCAAAAGGGCAGCUAGA